CGCCGCCCCGUCCCCUCCUCGUCCCUGACCUCUACCUCCGCCUUCCGCAGCCGCAUCCGCAGGGCCAAGUGCAGCCGCAGGGCUGUGCCUCCACCGUCCGCCGCCGCCGCCGCCGCCGCCGGUGAUCUGGAAGUUGAGUACCAGUCUCAAGCAACUCCUCCAGGUUACCAAAAGAGAAUUAAAUUCUUGGGGCAGAUUUUGAUGUUAUUCGGGAGUAACAUUGACAUAUCUUGAUGUUGAUGUGAUAUCGGGAGCAUUGCAUGCUAUGAAAUGAAGUAUUAGCAGGACAAACACUGAAGCAUUCACUUAGCAACGAAAUGCUGCCUUCAUCAAGCACAAAAGCUACUUCCUCCAUGGUUGACCAUGUUUCUCUUAGCAGCCUCCACCACCACCCCAACAGCCAGUCUUCCUGUUUUGCUACCUCAAGACCAAACCAUGACAAUACCCAUAAAUACAACCACUCCCCAAGAAUUCCUAGGCGGUCUCUCGUCUUACUCCCUGCUUCCUCUCUUCUCCUCUCCGCCUCCUCCUCCUUUGCCAUAGACAAUGCAAACGCUCCAUCCUCAUCCACAGUUGACACCACCAUCACCGACCGCAUAUUCAUGGACUUUAGCAUUUGUCCAAGCUUCUUUAGCAAUGACCGCACGUUAGGAGCUGAACUUGCUUCGUGCCCUGAUUCCGAGCCCCUCGGACGUGUAGUCUUUGGUCUCUAUGGUCGGCUACUCCCGAUCACUACUGCCAACUUCAAAACUACCUGCACUGCUUCUGCAUAUCGAGGCACACUUGUCCACAAGGUGCUUCAAGGUCAGUUCUUUGCUGCUGGCCGACAAGGUUCUCGGCGUGAUAAGGGUGUGGUCCAACCUCCCUCAAAGCUUGUGAGAAAUGUUGAGACUGUUGAUCCUAAAGCGUAUCAACUAAGACAUACAAGGCCUGGCACCCUAUCCUUGUGUCUUGAGCAGAAUGACGACGACGAUAGCAUCAAACUCAGCCCCAAUUAUCACAAUGUUGAAUUCCUGGUGACCACAGGGCCAGGGCCCUGUCCAGAGCUUGAUGAUCAGAACAUUGUCUUUGGAACUGUAUUAGAAGGAAUGGACGUUAUCUCCAGCAUUGCAACCAUCCCUACCUAUAAACCAGGUGAAAGGAUCCAAUUCUUCAAUGAUUUUGCACAGCUGAUUGGCGAUGAAAGAGCUCAAUCUGCUAGAGCCAUGUGGGAUCGCCCACAGAAAACUGUGUAUAUCAGCGGUUGUGGGGAGCUGAAAGUGACCAAGCCAUCCCUUUCCCCUCCUAGCUUGCCAUGACAAGUACUGUAUAGAUGCCAUUUUCGUGUAAUUACUAUUCCAUGUAGCUGUAUCUCUACCUAUAAUAUAAUAUGAUACUCCCUCCGUUCCUAAA